AUGACCAAGCUAGUUAACGGUGGUGCGCAAUUCUCCGCGCUUGGUGUCGGGGGCGUUGGAAUACCAAGACAACAUGAACCGGGGGACAACGACCUUCGGUUAGGGAUCAGCCCGUAUGGAGAGACCUCUCACUUCGCAGCCUUCAAUCUCAUUGCCGCGUGUCAAGACAUUGCCCCCGCACAGAAGUCCCAGUUUGUUCCCCAAGUCUCUGGAUACGCAGCUGCGCUAGGAAGCCACUACGGAGGCCACAUCGGUUCACAUGGAUACAGAGCUAUCGAUUCCAGGAAUUUUACGUUUACCUAUCGCACUCCAGACAUUGUCGAUUCCGCAGCAAGAGAUACUCCGCACGGACUUUUCAGCCGCACCGCUACAGCAAGUGUGCGAAUUCCCCCAAGGAUCUCUGAAAACCGAGCGCACACUCUAUUUUCGUCUAUAGGUGAACAGAGCGCAUCCCCAAAUGGAUACAUGGCGAAUAGCAGGGCGCAUUUGGGUACACAGGGAGACAUAUACGUGGGAGCAGAUCCGCAUCAACCUGUCUCGGGCCCGCACCCGCAUUUCAGUGAUACCCAGCGACACUUUGGUCACAAUGUGGACAUGGGUAUGAGAGUGACAACACAGACUGGUCACGGUGCUUUCUUUCGAUACAUGCGACAGCACUCUAAGCAGGAUGUCACUUGUAAAUGGAUAGAUGCGAAUCAGACGAAUCAACUCCAAAAAACGUGCGGCAAGAUGUUUUGCUGUACGUCCGAGCUGGUUACGCACGUCUCCAUGGAUCACGUCGGCGGUCCAGACCAGAGUCUGCAUACUUGCUUUUGGGAGGAUUGUCCGAGAGAAGGCAAAUCUUUUAAAGCGAAGUAUAAACUAGUCAAUCACAUUCGUGUACACACUGGAGAAAAGCCAUUCAAUUGUCCCUUUCAUGGCUGUGGGAAAAUGUUUGCCAGGUCGGAAAAUUUGAAAAUACAUAAGAGGAUUCAUACGGGUGAGAAGCCCUUCAAAUGCGAAUUCGAAGGCUGCGACAGGCGGUUCGCAAAUAGCAGCGACAGAAAAAAACACACGCACGUUCAUACCUCAGACAAGCCAUACAUCUGCAAGCUGUGCGACAAGGCCUACACUCAUCCCAGCUCUCUGAGGAAACACUCGAAGGUUCACAAAUCUCAAACCUCGGAGAACUCCCCAACGGGAACUUCUGGAUAUGAGUCGUCCACGCCACCAGCUCCGUGUAGACCUACAUCCUCGACCAUCGAAGACUCGACAAAAACAUCCAUGCUGCUGGUCAAGCGUCAUAAGUCAAUAUUCAAAGAGGAUCUCUCAACCAAUUUGGUUGAAUGUCUCUCCUCUCAGUGCCAGACCAAGCCUCCGGGCUAG